AUGGAGCUGUCCCGCGAGGGCCUCCUGGGGGCCCCCCAGGGGGCCCCAGAUGCAGAACUUCCCUCUACGGGGCCCCACGUGGGGCCCCCUCCUCCCAUGGAAGGCAAGGCCUGGAGCAGCCCCGCUGGGGUGGCUCCAGUAACUCUGAUAGCAAAGAACUUCUGCUACGCAAUUCGGACUCGGCGGGACCUUUCGGGUUCGCUGCGCAGCCUGUGCUGCAGCAGCCUGUGCUGCAGCAGCAGCAGCAGCAAGUCGGCGCCGCUGCAGCUCGAGGAGGGGGAGCUUUCCGGGCCCCACGGGGGGCUCUCCACGGCCCAGAGCAGCGGCAGGCAGUGCAGCAGCAACAGCAGCAGCAGCAGCAGCAGCAACACGGGCCUCAACGUCAUUCUUAAGGAUAUUAACCUCUGCGUCCGCCCAGGCUCUAUGCUGGUUAUUAUGGGCCCCAGUGGCUCCGGCAAAACCACUCUGCUGAAUGCCCUGGCAGGCCGCUCUAAAGCUUCUUCUCGAGUGUUAAUAUCCGGAACUUUGGUCUACCGGGGGGCCCCUGCGGGUUCUCCUUUGUCCUCUUUUUCGACCUAUAUAAUGCAGGCAAGGGAACAGCGCAUGAAAGAAGUGCUGCAGUCCAUGAAUUUGUACCACUGUCGAGACACCCGAAUUGGCGGCUCCGAGCGCAAGGGCCUCAGCGGCGGCGAAAUGAAAAGGGUUGCUUUGGCGGUGGAGCUGCUGAAUAAUCCUUCUCUUAUUUUCUUGGAUGAGCCAACGUCAGGGCUAGAUGCUGCGCUGGCGUUCGACACGAUCCGGCUGCUGCUGCGCCUGGCGCGGACGGGGGGCCGCACAGUUGUCUGUACAGUGCACCAGCCUCGGUCUCAGCUGUUUGCCAUGUUUGAUGAGCUAAUGCUGCUGCACCGGGGGCAAAUAGUGUUUCAAGGGCCAGCGACGCAGUGCAGCAGCUACUUCGCGCGGCUGGGGCUGCGGUGCCCCCCGCGGUUUAACCCCGCAGACUUUUUGCUGGACCUGCUGACAGUGCGCAGCGAGCCGCAGGAGGAGCAGCAGCAGUCUACGGGGGGCCCUGUGGGGGAGCAGCUGCUGACGCUGCCCUCCUGCAGCAGCCAGCACCCGAAGCAGCAGCAAGAGCAGCAGCAGUACGCCGUGCAGCAGCAGCAGCAACAGCAGCAGCGGCGGGAAACGGAGAUGGAGGAAGAGCUUGCAGACGGGGGCAUCAUGGGGCCCCUGGAACACAGGCCCCUGGGCAGGGAAGAAAGCGCUGCGCACAUUCUUAUGGAAGCAGCAGACGCAGAAGAGGCCCAGGGGCCACAGCUUUCGCACUUCGAGUCCCACAUGGUUCGCGUCACAGUCACUCAAGAAGAAGUUGACCGCCUCCCCGCCUUCUACCAGGCGUCUCCUCUCUGUGCUGCUGUUGCUGCUCGCAUUGACCAGGAGUUGCAGCAUCCCAAAGACAAGCAGGCCUACAAGGGCCUGCAGCAGCGCCUCCAGGCCCACAGAGCCUUCUUGAGCCGCUGGGUAACGGAGUUUCUGGUGAUCAUGCGGAUGACGGCGGUGAACUUCGUGCGAAAUCCGCUGGUGACAAUUGUGCAGCUGCUCCUGAACACUCUUCUCGGCUUCAUUGUGGGUGCUAUAUUCUGGAAGGUGCCCGAGAGCGGCCCCUUAGAAAUAGCGGCGCGCAACAUGCUGGGGUGUAUAUUCUUUCUGGCUACGCACAUUGUCUUUGCCCCGCUUGACUGUCUGUCACUUUUUGCUGAAGACCGCGAGCUUUUCAACAGAGACACUGCAAAUGGAACUUAUACCCCCUUCGCGUACUUCAUGGCCAAGUCGCUCGCGUCUAUGCCUUUCCAGCAUUUACCUCUCACGGCUGUUCUUGUUAUAUCAUACUGGAUGUCGGGCAUGUCAGCUGACUUCGUUCGUUUUGUGUUGUACUUGGUGAUUGCCCAGUUGUCCAUUUUCGCCUCGACUUCUUUCCUUUUCUUCGCGGCCUCCAUUUCCCCGAGGCUGUCGGUUGCGCAGAGUUUUUCUCCGGUGGUGCUCGUUGUGAUUCUCCUUGUUUGCGGGUUCUACAUCCGUGAGCAAGACAUUCCAUCGUGGAUCCGCUGGCUGAAGUACAUUUCCUUCAUUCACUACCCUUAUCUGUGUUUCACGGCGAACGAGUUCAACAACAACCCUACCUGGGAAGGCCUGCCCCCGGAUUUCCUGUCUGUGUCUGGGGGCCUCAGCGACACGCGGCUGGGGCCCAACUUGGCCAUUUUGGCGACCAUAGCAUUUGUGCUGCGCGCGAUGGCCUUCAUAGGCUUGAAGUACUGCAACAGGCGAAUAGGCUUAGAGUGCUAG